AAGUGCUGGAGGGUUGGGGGUGGGAUAUAAGGAGUAGGGGGGGUCUCUCUUGGUGAAAUGGGGUGUGUCUGCUGGGUGGAUGUUUGUCAGUGGGAUGUUUCUCUUUCAUCUCCCCCACUCCCGGGUUGUAUUUUGGACAAGGGAGUAGAAGGUGUCUCCAAAUCAGCCUGUGUCAUAUGGGUUUUCUCUUUGCUUUGUGUCUCCUUGUUCUCAUCUCUAUUUUAUUGUCAGUGGGUGUUUGAGGAGAGUCUGCCUUAGAGUUGCACAUUUUUCUAUGAUGAGAUGUCUGCUGGCGUGAUAAUUCUGGGUUUGGCUCUGUAGCAGUCUUGCUUGGUUUUGAUUUGUCUUAGGCUUUGCUGUAGUGUGUUUAGCAUCACUGUCUUGGGUCGGGUUGUUUGCUCCAUUGAACUGGAGAUUAAUAUUGUCACUUCCAGAACAGGAUCGUUAUCUAGGAGUGAGUUAUAUUUGUUAGCUGAUCUUAGUUUUUCAUCCUCUACUGCUCUGCUGUACGGGAAGGAGGGGAUGUUUACUGUUGUGAUUGAGGUGGUCCCAGAAGUUGAAUAUUCUUCUGUGCAUGGGCUAGGAGGAAGUUUGUACUGAUAAUUUGUGCCAACUGGCGUAGUUGGUUGUUAAGACAAGACCCAGACCUUUUCUCCUAUAUAGUAGCAUGAGUUUGAUUAAGUUCUCAAGUAACUGGAGUAGUGAUUUUAUUGCAAAAUUGUAAUUAUUUAAUGGCUUAUAAAUUCUUCAGAGGGCUUUUUUUCAAAUGCUUUUAUAGCUGUUGAGAAGUCUCCAAAUGCUUUUAUUUUGGAGGCCUAGGUAUAUAUAAUUCAGUGUAUCCUGUUUCUGCAUUCAGAAUAUUGACUGGCUGUUUUUUGGAAAGCAUAUGGAGAGAGAUUGGGGUUGUUGGGGGUUUUUUAUUGUAGCAAUCUGCAGAAUAACUCGUGAUGGCAGUAUAUUUCUAAAGCAUAUUGAUUAUUAUUUGGGUGAUAGUAUGGUUGGAUCAUCCUUUAUAGAACCAUUGUUUUCCUACUGAGUGGGUUAGUGGAAAUCCCAGGUUUGGUGGCUGUUUCAGUAAGGUUGGUACAUUCCAUAAGAGCUGCCAUAAUAGGUAAGAUGAUAGUCCAUCUAGCUUAGUAUCCUGUCUCCAACAGUUGCCCAAAGCAGAGCUUCAUGGGGAGUGUACAGAACAGGACAAUUAUGGAAUGAUCCACUCCUGUCUUGCACUAACGACUUCUUGCAGUUGGUAACUGGUAGGUAUCUGAUGUGCAGGGAGAAAGAGUAGAGCUAUCUGAUAACAUUUUUGUGCUUUAUCAAAGCAAUAAAGAAUUUUGAAUGCAGGUGUCAGGACAGUGUGUUGGAGGAAGGGGCAUCUGGAGGUGUGCUCAUAUCCCAGAGCAGGACAGAGUCCUAACUGCAAUUCUACUCAAAUCUUCCUCGGUUUACAGUAAUGAGUUGCCCAUUGUUGUCCGUCGGUCUUCCAGUGGCAUCAUGAGCAGCUGCUGAUAAUGAUAACCAGUCUUGGACAUGUUGUCUCUUUAGGCUAGGCGUAGCAGACACAGAAGAUACCUACUUUUCCGUUCCAGGCCCCUCUAUCCUCAAACAUGGCGGGUGGCAUUACCGACACAGGGGAGCUGUACUCUCCUUACGUCGGCCUGGUUUACAUGUUCAACCUUAUCGUUGGUACGGGAGCCCUAACCAUGCCGAAGGCCUUUGCCACUGCUGGCUGGCUCGUCAGCCUCAUUCUCAUAAUGUUCCUGGGCUUCAUGAGUUACAUGACGACAACAUUUGUGAUGGAAGCCAUGGCCGCUGCUAACGCCCGACUGCGUUGGAAGAAAAUGGAGAAGCACAAGGACGACGACGAUGAAGAUUCUUCCUCUGGGGUCUCUGAUAGUGAUGUUCUCAUCCCAGAUGGCUAUGCACGAUCAGAGACGCGGCCUAUCCUGUCAGUUCAGAGACGUGGCUCACCCAGUAUCUUUGAAAUCACUGAGAGGGUGGAAAUGGGUCAGAUGGCCUCAAUGUUCUUCAAUAAAGUGGGGGUCAACUUGUUUUACUUCUGUAUAAUCAUCUACCUCUAUGGGGACCUAGCGAUCUAUGCAGCUGCUGUGCCAGUCUCGCUCAUGCAGGUGACCUGCAGCAUAACUGGCAAUCACUCCUGCGGUGUUGAAGAUGUCACAAAGUAUAAUGAUACAGACAAGUGCUGGGGGCCAAUCAGGCGGAUUGAUGCUUACAGAGUCUAUCUGGCAACAUUUACUCUACUACUGGGUCCUUUCACCUUUUUCAAUGUCCAGAAGACCAAGUAUCUGCAGAUCAUGACAUCCCUGAUGAGAUGGAUCGCUUUUGUCAUCAUGAUUAUUUUGGCCCUCAUCCGCAUCGGCAAGGGUGAAGGGGAAGGUCACCCACCUCUGGCGCAGCUCUCAGGGAUCCCAAACCUCUUCGGGGUGUGUGUCUACUCCUUCAUGUGCCAGCACUCACUGCCAUCCCUCAUCACUCCAAUCUCCAAGAAGCAGCAUGUAAACAAGCUGGUGCUGCUGGAUUACAUCUUAAUACUGGGUUUCUACAGCCUCCUGUCCUUCACGGCCAUCUACUGUUUCCGCAAUGAGACCCUCAUGGACAUGUACACACUCAAUUUCACCAACCGUAACAUCACCAACAUCGCCUUCAUUCGUUACUUCCUGGGCCUCUUUCCCGUUUUCACUAUCAGCACUAACUUCCCAAUCAUCGCUGUGACCCUGCGGAACAACUGGAAGACCCUCUUCCACCGGGAAGGUGGGACAUACCCAUGGGUGGUGGAUAGGAUUGUCUUUCCAGCAAUCACUCUGAUUCCCCCUGUGCUGGUGGCUGUCUGCACACAUGAUUUGGAGUCCUUGGUGGGCAUCACGGGAGCCUAUGCUGGCAAUGGAAUCCAGUACAUCAUCCCAGCUUUCUUGGCCUACUGUAGUCGGAAGGACAGUCAGUUGGUCUUCGGCAGUGGCACAGUCAAUAACCAUCUGUCCCCUUUCCGGCACAUCUUCUGGAUCUGGUUUGUGCUGCUCUGGAGUCUUUUCUGCUUUGUGUUUGUAACUGCAAAUAUCAUCCUGAGUGAGACAAAACUCUAAUGAUGGGGCAGCGGCACUCUUCAUCCAGGGCUCUGGAGGGGAUUCCAGGAUUUCAAUUCCUGUUUCAGACUCAGUUAACAAAAACCCAACAACCUGCUCUUCGCAAGCAAUCAGCUUGUUGAUGCAGGUUUGAUCUGGACAUCAGGACUUUUUAUCCUCUCUUCACCUUGGGUGGUGAUGUAACUUGCUCAACCUCCUUUUGAUUCUAGUUCUCAAACUGAACAUGUGAAGGGUUGGGAGCUCUCGGAAGGCCCCCAUGGUUAUACAGUGUCUGACCGUUUCUGCCUUGAGUUGGGGAAGCUCCAUUACAGAACAUCUUCCUCUCUGUCCAGGAGCAGCCUCCUUAUAGUGCUGCAGGUUUCGGCACAUAGAAGGCUGUCUGGCCUGCAUCUGCUGCCCAUGAGAGCUGGACAAAUAUCUCUGCCAGAGACAGGGAACUGUUAUAACUGCUAACACAAUCCAACAGUAGUUCUCUGGAGUGAUCCGCUUACCCCUCACCAAGGAAGUAGCAGACUUUUUUGGUUCUGUUAAAGAUUUUCAAGUGCCCAGUGAGGGAUCCGGUUAACUAGGGAUGACAACUGGUGGCAUGUCUGGAGGAUGGGUCAGGAAACUGUAGAAAGCAAUGGGCUUCUGUGUGGUUACUAUGACUGGUCCUGUUACAAAUCUUUCUCACAGUUUCUCCAUUUCUGUUACUACCUUUUCAGAAAACAUUGGCCUUUUGUUUUAUUUGCUGUGUGGUCUGUGGGGUAGAACACGUGGACUCAAUGGGUCUGGAUUAGCUCAUUUGCCUGUUUGAUAAGAUUACACCAACCCUUGUUCCUGGAGUUCUGCUCCAGCCACUUUUUCUGGUUGCCUUAACUCUCCGUCCCAAGGCAAACCCAUUCUGUGAGGCUCUGGAUCCCAGUCGCUUCCUCACUUUGUUAGCUCUUUGGUGCUGCUAAGUGGCCUCAGCUGUUAGAAUAGAUUUCACAAGUGCUGGAGCAGCAGGGCAGACUAUGGCCACAGCAGUCAGGAUCUGUGUGGCCUUGGGAGGUGCUAAUUACCUGUCAGUGACACGCAUUAGACCCUCGAGCACUUGCUGGGCGUACUGACAUUUCCAGUCUCUUGCUCUGGGUAAUUAGCCUUGAAACAAGCUGGGUGUUAACUCAGGGGAGAAUGUAGUGCCAGCUGGAGAAUUCAGCACUGCCCCACUCACUGUGCUGUCUCACUUCAGAAAUGGAGCUCAGAAGUACAAGCAGAGAGGAAGAACAUAGAAGAUGCACUGGAAAUGGUCCAUAAUACUAUUAUCCUGCUUCUAACUUCUCCCUCUGCCUAGGGUUAAGAAUUUUUCUUGCAUCUGUUCGAGACAGAGUUUAAGAAUCAUCCCCCUUCCAAAAAUUCCACUUAGCAUGCUGUACCCCAGCUUACAGGCUGAGAGAUGCUUCUCUUCUUGCAUGAGAACAGUCUGUUGUAUUGGACACUGACAGUCUUUGAUUAGAUCUCUGCUCUUGGGGCUCCUGACUCUCUUACUGCAAAGUGACACGUUUAUUACUCUAGCAAUCUGAGGGCCCAGGGUCAGAGGUCAUAAAAUAAAGGCUUUAAUAACAGGAGGUAGAACUUUUACUGUUAAACUUUUUACCUUAAAUCUUUUAAGACAUUUCCCCCCUUGUGAUUAAGUCGUGUUCAAAGACAGCUGCCAGUCUCCUGCUCCCAGUGCUACUGCUAUAUUAAAUGUCACUUUUCACCAGAGGUGAGAUUGGGCAUACAGUCUUCUUUUUUAAUUAAGCUUUCUUUUUAAUACAAGCUUCAGGUUUCUACAUGACAUGAAGCACUUCCUGCCAUGGAAACAUUCAGGUAGCAGGGGCUGUGCAAAAGCAACUUUCUUCAAAAAGCUUGCGGGGGGGGGCGGGCACGGAACCUCUCACACCCCUUUAAGCGACAUGAAGAUGUCCUUGAAUGUUGCAUAAACCAGGAUGUGCCAACUGGGUAGAGGGGAGUUGGUUACAGCAUAGUCAACCUGACAUCCUCUCUCCUGAUCAUAAACAGGAUUUGGCAGCCCUUGCUGGUGCAUCACUCAGCUACCUACACAGCCCUAAGUGCUACAAGGAAGCUGAUUUGGCUCUUUUGAUGCCAGGUUACUGAGUGGGAUGUGUGAAUGAAUUGCUAAGCCUGACGCUCUCUUCUGGGUUAGGGAGAACAAAAGCACAGAUGCAGUUUGGAGGGCAGAUCCAUAGUACAGCUGAGCUCGGAGCCACGGGCUGGGACUCUAGUGCAGGAGUUUGCACCUGCUUCCUUCUGUUGCUUAUUCUCACAGCUGUUAUGUCUGACAGCCAGGAGUGGGACAGAUUGUAGACGCCGUAGCAGGGCACACUGGGCCCUUCUGUUCAUGUGCAGCACAGGAGCAGGCACUGGUAGGAACAGCUUUGCACAUUUGCAGCAAAGAAAUGAGCCUGUGAAGGACCUUAGAAUGGAUGGAAAUGCUAUGUGGCACAAGGCUCCUUUUGGUAACAGGCUUUGAGGGUCUUUCUAUCUGUUUCAAGCCCUCAAAGCAGUGAACUGAUUUUCUCACCUUGUGUCCCACUGACAGCACCAAACCAGACCACGUCCCCAAGUGUCCAGAAGUUAACAGGCAACUUGCAACUUUAAUCUGCUGUUUAUUCCUUCUCUGCUCCAGGGCUGCCAAAUGCUCAAAGACCCUGCUGUCCUUUUCCCUCGCCCACCCUUGGCCUGUCCAGGUCAGGGAGCAGAGUUGCUAGCAGACCUUGGCUCUGAGAGUGAGCCAGUCUCCACCUUGGUACAGCUGCGAACAUCAAGCUCUGUAUACAGUAGUGUGCAGAAGCUGCUGGCCCAGAGCCUGGGAACUGGGCCUGAGGCAGCAUAGCUUGGUUCAUGAGCUCAUGGCAAGCACAGUGACCCUCCCACCACCACCAGCCCAAAAAGGUCUGACAAUGGUGUUUGUCAAAGCACAAAACCAUGGUAUUGUCUCCCUUUUUCCCACAACCCCCUCCUUGCAUGGGCACCUAAGAUUCCACAGCUCUCUGCCUUCUGACAGGCAGAAUUGGUUUUAAUGGACUUCAGUUACAAUGUGCCUUUUCUUCUCUGGCUUAGAUUAAUUCCGCUCCUGAGAAGCUUCCUUUGGAACGUUGAGCAGGGGUGGUUUCCGUGGGGCCCCUGUGUAAAUUGUGAACAGCUGUGAUCUGAGAUGUAGCUCAGCAGCAAGGGAUGUCUGGCUCAUUGUAGAAAGGGUGUCUUGCCUGGCGUCCCACCAGGGAACACUCUCCUCCCUACACAUGAAAAGCAACAUCAGAGAGACUUUCCAGACACCUGCCGUCCUCGCUCAGUGAAAGAAUCAGCCGUCAUAAUGGGAGGAACUCCACAGUGAGGAAGGGGAGCAGAACAUUUUUCAUUUAAAAUGUGAAACAAGAAAUGCCUCAAAGUUGAAGGAAAACAGGAAGUUGGAUGGAUCAAGCCAGAGCAAAUAUCUCCACUAGGUCCUUGCCCAUUUCAUUAGAUGCAGAGCCGGCAGGGGGCAGAAGAGUUCCAGUUGCUGUACUGGCUUGGUGUGGCAUGAUAACUCGUCUCCUGUCUGGUUUAAGAAUGAGAUUUUUAAAUGGCUAUUAUGACAGUGGGUUAUUUGGAUCCUCACUGCGCCAUACUCAGUUUGUCCCAGUGUGUAAUUAUUUCUCCAAAAAGCGUACAAAUAAAACACACAUUCUGCAUC